GAAAGCACGUGUUUCGUGUUUUUGAAUUGCGAAUAAGUUUUAGAUUUUAUUUUUAAAUUUUAUUAGACCUAAGUGUUACAAUUUGUUUGCCUUACAUUUCAUUGAAUGUGGAAAUGUGCUGUGAAAUUGGAUUUUCGAUACUGGACUAUUUUGUGCAGUGUAUAGGAUUCGAUUCUUAAGACGGGACAUCUGUUUCGAUAUAAAAUGUUGAAGUGGGCAGUUUAUGGUAAGAAAACUCAAGAUACAUCCGAAAAUGAACAGGAAGAAUCGAACGUUAGGUCAAACAAACCUUAUGAUGACCCAAUCCGACGAUCCUUAGAUGCCCAAACAGUCAAAAAAAGUAAAAAACCAAGCCGAUACCAGAGAAGGUCUUUAGGAGCUGCUACUAGAAAAAAUAACAUUAACAAAGUAGAUAAGGAAAAUAUUAACUACAUAGGUAAUACGCCCAAUUACUUUAGGGAAGGUUUUAAGAAACCAGAAAGCAAUAUAUUGAAAGACGUUAGUAAUAUGACACCUACGUCUAUAACACCAAAGUUUGAAAGGAAGAAGUUUUAUGCUGAAGAGAACGAAGACAUACCUCCAGACUUACCACCGACACCUCCAACGUACAGCAGAAGAGUUCGGGAAGCCAAAAAACGUAAAUUGGAAAUGACACUUUCAAAUGCUGAAGUAUUCACAAGAAAUAGUAUUGCAUAUAAAUCGGAAAGAAGAAUAAAAAAUUUUGAUCACAGUCUUACUCAUUCUAAAAGUCACAGUACAUCUGAGCCGUCUCUUAAUGACCUAACAGAUAGAUUAAGUUCUGCUGCUGGCAGUAAUAAUAGCUCACUUUCAAUAACCAAACAAAUCAACAACAAGAGAACUAUAUCUACUACAAAAGUUGUCAGUGAAGGAUUAGUCGAAAUAGAAUAUGAUGAAAAUUUAGUCAUAAAUUGUAUAGAAAAACCCUUAGAUGAGAAAAAUAGAUUGGAAAAAUCUACUUUGCCCAUCUUUGGGCAUCGAAUAUUUACAGACUGCCCUUUAUACUUCAAUAAAAGUGAAAAUGAAAUUCGCAAUAUUAGAUCCUUAAAAAGAACACGGAAAAAGUCUAAUGACUUUGAGAGUUCUUUCAAAUCUCCAUCAAUAGAUAAGAAAGAUAUUCAUACACUAGUGAGAGAUGGGUGCUCUCCAGUGUCGGUAACACCAUUAUCUAUAAAAUUAGCUGCACUGCGAUUCAGUACCAUGACUCCUCGCAGAAACAUAAGGAAGACAGAAGUUCUCCCGGAUUCAGAAGAUAUUGAAUACUUCCCAAAAGUGGAACCUUUUUCAAUUUCAUUGAAAGAUGAAGAGAGUUCAGCUGAAAUGGAAACUAAAUUUAUAUUAGGAAAAGAUUCAUUAAAUAGUGUCUCUGAGUCAACAGUUUCUACAACUCAGAUGGGUGAUAUCACUCUUGAAAGAAUGAUUGAAGAUAUAAUUAAAAGCACGAAAAUAGUAAAAUCCAAAAGAAGAAUUUUGCGAAAUUCAUCACAUAAUAAUAUAGGUGAAGAUGCAGUUCCAACCAUUGAGUUGGUAAAAGACCUUUUUGUUAAACCACAAACAAAAACUAAUUUAAUAAAGGAGGCCAAAUGCAUCAGUAUUUCUAGGGAAAACUCACUUUCUCCAAAAACAACGCCAACCAAAAAGAUGAUCCCUAAGCACAAAAUUAGCGACAAGCUUUUAAAGAAUGUCCCGAUUGGGGGUUUCAUUUUAGACGAUGGAGACGGUUAUAACGAAAGAGAAGUUAAAACACCGGAAAAUUACAUAUCGAAAUCAGACCAAUCUAAAACAAACCACAUUGAUAUACCAAGUAACUUAUCAAGAUCUUCUUCUAUGAUCUCUCGUUCAGAAACUAAAAAUCUUGACGAAACAUCAUCAAAAUCUACUCCAAACAUAUAUGCAGCAUUACACGAAAUUAGAAAUAACAGAUUAAAAAGACAAAAAUGUAUUCGUAGAAAAAAGUCCACCGUUAGUAAUGAGAGCCUCUGGAAGCAAAAACCAGAGACAAAUUCUCUGAGUACAGCUUACGAAGAAGCAUUUCCAAGUCCAGCAACUGCAAUAGAAAAACUUUCAUUAGCUGAACAAAAAUCUUCACCACUUUACGAAAUUAAUGCAACUGAAUCAAAAAACACUUCUAUUAUAUCUAAUGUAUCCCACAGCAGUCUAAAACCUUUUGAUGUAUUUUCAUCACACAAUAAACGCUCCAGAGAAUUAUUCGGCCUUACUCUGGAAAACGGAAUACCUAGUCCUAUCACCCCUCUACCAAACUUAAAACGAGCAAGUAAUGUACUAAGCGAAGAGAGAGCACAUAAAACAAGUAAACUUUAUGAAGAAAUGAUGCCAAAUGAUGUGGUUACCCCCGUCAUUGAGCAUAGAUCUUCUAGGCGUUGUCUAACAUACUCGCCAGAAGAAAGCAUAAAUAGUAGUGAAGAGAAACGAGGAAGUGUUGCGAGUAAUAGAUUAGAGCGAAGUGCAGAUAGGUUUUUAGCGAUGAAAGGAACGAUCGAUCUAGAAAUAUUUACCAGGAAUGACGUUAUUGACGUCCACGUUAUUCGAUGUCGGGAUUUACAAAGACCUUCGGGAAAGGUAGAUGAUAUCAACGCGUAUGCAAAGGUUGUCAUUGGUGGAAUGACGGAACAGCAAUUGCCAUCUCAACGCUCAAUAUUCCAGCGAACCUCAGUCCUCUACGGCAAGAGGGAGCCAGAGUUCCAGAGGCACCUCACACUUCCAAGACCUGCAAUCAUUUAUGACAAUCAGACUCUACACAUAUCUGUGUGGCAUCGAGAUAAAAAGUAUCGGCGGAGCGAGUUUCUAGGAUGUGUCUCGUUCCCGUUAAAAGAUGCAAUUAAGUCUGAUAUUUCUGGAACAUACUUUUUACAACAGGCCUCUGGCCGCAGCCAAAGUGCGCAGACGCACGACUCAUGUAACCGCGUGACUGAAGAUCGAAACAAAAUGGCGACUGACAAUACUGAAACUAGUACUAAUGAAGGGACGAAAGAAAGUUCUGAAAAAGCUGUCGCCAAUGGAACUGCACCCACCCAGGCUCAAGUAGUUGCAGCAUUGCAAAGAGAAGCCGACGAGCAUUUGUUUCUGCGAUACUUGGAGUUGGACCCACCAGAGGACCCUGCUGCUCCACGAAGAGCUCCGCGAAAUGGUCGAACCCCGUUCACAACUACUAGAAAGUUACUACGAGGAGCUGGUGGAGGUUUUGGCUUCACUGUUGUCUGGACAAGACCGCCGAAAAUCGAACGGGUGGCUGCCGGAGGCGUAGCUGAGCGAGCUGGACUCAGAGCUGGCGAUUACAUUGUAUUUGUGGGAAACAAAAAUGUUGUCACAGCAACUGAAGAUGAAGUACGGGCUCUUGUCCAAUCUGCAGGCCAAACGCUCUUGAUGGAGACAUUUAGACGAGUGCCACAAAACGGAGUAGGCGUUAGGUCUCGGAUGCAAGUUACUAUUCCAUCCAUACCAGACUCCACACCACCGCCUGCACCAAGAUCUCCUAGAACUGCUGCAUUAGCAUCACCAGCAACUGCAGCAAGACCACCAACAGCCUGCUCAUCCACCAGCCAGUCGAUAGACCGCCGCAAGUUACAUUUGCCUCAAGUAACAUUCUCCAAAGAGGUCGGUAAUGGUAUUAUAGUUUAAUUCUAUGUUAAUAAAUCUAAAAGAUAAGAUAACUCUUUAUUUUGAGAGAUACAACUCUAUGUUACAAAGUAUCAUAGAGUUAGUAAAAAUAAACUUAACAUUAUAAUGAAAACAUACUCUUUUGUGCUUGAAUUUUUAUUCUUACAAAAGUAGAAACAUCUAUAAUUUAAAAUACGAACACAUUGAAAUUAUAAUCUGUAUUAAUUCAAACACCACUUGUAUCAUAAUUAUUAUUAUAUAUGUUUUCUUUUGGGCUGUAGAUUAUUUACGUUAACAAAUCUACAUGAUUCUAUUUCUCUGUGUAUUGAGAGUUUAAACGGUUUUUGAUAUGCUAAAUUUAUAGGUCAAAUUCAAUCAUAUUUUUGUACAAAAUUUUAUUCUAGCCGUUCUAGUCAAGUGUGUUAUUAUCAAAAGUCGACUAGAAAUUGUUUUUGGAUAUGGUGCUAGAGUAGCGAAUAAAAAAUAAUAUGUUUUUUGUAAAAUAAUUUUUAUAACUUGAUUCACGACUUUUUAUAUUUGACUUUUGUACAACUUGUAAAUAUUAAUAUAACAGACAUGACAUUCCAUUAAAAUAAUUUGAUUAUAUUCUUGUAAGAUAGAUAAAGAUAGAUAGAUUUCUGGAUUCGAACCAAACCAAAUCUAUAACUUCUUUUGAAAUAUAUAUCUUUAUUUCAAUAGUGACUUGUACAGAUAGUUAUUUAUCGUGAAAGAAUAACAAACAUUACCUGAAAUGCGAUCAUAACAGGACAUUAUAAUGUCUCGAUCUGUAAGAUAACUGUAAGAAAAAAUCUGGUUUUUUGGUAUAACUUAGUGCUGUUUGGAACUAUCCUCUAUCAAUGAAACUUUAAGUACUGAACUAAGUGGAAUUAAUAGAUUACGGCCCAUGCCGGAUGCCCAUUUGGGUAAGGUAUAAGUUAUAACCGCCUCCCAACUCCUAUUGCAACAUCAGAGGUUAAACAAGACGACCUUUAAAAGAAUAAUUUACCCGAGAUCCUUAUAAAAGUCCGUUAAAGAACUUUGAAACAAAUACAUCGCCACUCGAAUUUAUAUUCAAACGUCAGUGCUUUUGAAACGCAACGCUUUUUGUCGAGUUAUUUAAAUAAAUAAAAAUGCACUAUUUUCAGCACUCGCGGGUAUUUCUUACUUUGAGUUUCAUCACCAUGCUUUUCAUGUGAAUGUGGUCAGGAAAAGAGAUUAAAAAUAAAGAGGAUGUAAAUACUACGUAAUAAGAGGCGGGGCUGCCUAAGUAAAAAUUGAAAUUUAGUUUAAUAUGAAACGUCAUUUGACACAAGUUUGAAAUAGUAGUAAUUACAGUAACACGAUUGGCCACUAAGUAUAAACCGGCUAAGUUUGAAAGCGAUCUCCUUUUUUCACAAGAUUAUAGCCGUCAUCUGUCAAUCUUUCAAUGACUGCAUACAAUCGAGUGAAUCGGUUUUUUCUUAGAGAGUUUCGCUAGGCUGUUGAAAAACGCUGACAUACGAUAAAAUUCGAGUUCCGAUUUAGGAAUAAUUUCACCGCUUUUUUAACGGACGUUGAAAAAGGUCUAAUGCGUAGAAGGCCUUAAGGUACUAUUGUCAUAUUAUCAAACAUAAUAUUAUAUAAUUAAAUAAGUUUUGUUUAUGAUCGCGCAAAUUAAAUAUAUAUUAGAAUUAUAUAGUACUAAUAACAUAAUAGGGGAACUGUACGUUUAAGAGUUUUUGUUUUUUUGUUUUUAUAUGUUUCGUUAUUAUUUAUUACUUAGGUUAUAUUGUAUGUACAAAUUAGGCUAUGAUUCAGUCUAUAAGCUUUUCAGUUUGCCUUGAAUUUAGUUAUGUAAAGUUUAUUUGGGCUUAAGUAGUUGAUAGUAAUAUUUUUUGUAAAAAAUGUAGCGAUGCACUUAAUUCAUAUUUAGGGGGAACAGUAAUAGUGAAAUGACAGUUAUUACUGAUUGGCUAACACGUUCUAAUGUACACGUUUAAGCUUAUACAAAAAAAGCCUAGUGAAUACAGAAAAAAAAGUCUCACUAAAUUGGUAUUGUUUUUUUUGCACGCAGUACUUCCGCGUGUAUGCGUAGAGAUAGCAAUAGUUCUUCAUUGUUGAGCAUAAGUGAAAAAGAAUGAUACUACACAAAUUAAAUUUGACAAACAUAAUUUUAUGAACGAUGCGGGAUUCGAACCCACGACCUCCGGCGUUCCGUGCCGGUGCUCUAACCAACUGAGCUAACCGUUCAACUCUCAUUUUGUAUUAAGUUUUAAGGAAUUGUAUAUCUAAGUGUUUGUUUUAUAUAGAUGUCCUAGAGUGUGACAAAAAGGAAGUGCGUUUAAGCAUAAUUGAGGGGGCACAAUAGACCCACGGAUAAGUGACUUAACCACAAAUAUAUUUAAACUAGUAGUUUACGUACAGAUAUUAAAUAUGUGCUAAAGUUGAACAUACAUAAGCCGCGCCAAUAGAGAAAAUAAUCUAAUUUGUUGACAAUUAUCAUUCUUCAUAGAUGAAGCCACAACCUGAGAGUUGAACAAAGCAUACAUCCAAGUAUUAAUCCCAGAAGUGAGGGUUAUCACUUUAAAAACAUAAGAAAUUGUAACAGUUUUUGCUUCCAAUAAAUAUGUAGUUUUUCUAUUUCUCAUCAUUUUGACACAUCUUUACGCCACUUACUACUAUAUUCUUUAACAAUAACUGCCUUUUAAACUAUUACUGUAACCCUGAAUUAUAAAUUAUGAUGCUUUUAAUUUUUAUUUUGUAUAAUUUGUUUGUUCUCUUUCUGUACUAUUUCUAGUGACUUCAUUUUUAUAAUGUUUUGUUCCUGUUAAUUUUAUUUCGUUUUUUUCAUUUAUGUUUUUUAUUGUAA